AUGAGCGACUCGGAUUCCAAUCCCGCCAUCCCAAGCUGGCAGAAGGCGCAAUCCGACGAGACCGAUAGUCAAAACACCGAACCGACGCCGACACCAUCCACGAGCAGCUCAACAUCAGAAGUUGAUGCGCCAGCGGUGGAAACAACAGCAGAAGAGACAUCACAGCCGGAGAUUGUGACGGACGAUCAAGACAGACUCGAGGUUGCGAGACGCUUUCUCGAGAAUGACGCUGUGCGACACGCGCCUCAUGAGAAGAAGGUCGAGUUCUUGAAGUCCAAAGGCAUUGGCGAAGCCGAAAUACACGCGCUUCUUGGCCAAGACGAGUCCACAACAGAGACAGAGGUUUUUAUUACUUCUCAUCUUGCCCCCAAGUACUAUACUGACAAUUUCAAGGCAGCAACUCCAGAAACAACCAAUUCUUAUGCUCCAACACCCACCGAAACUCUCCCCCCAACACCAGCUUCCCAUCCGCCCGUCGACCGACCCCCAGUCGUCACUUAUCCUGAAUUUCUCGCGAAGGCACCCCGUCCUCCUCCUCUCGUUACAAAGGAGCGCCUUUUCAACGCCCUCUACGCAGUCACUGGCCUUUCCACCCUCGUCUACGGCACAAGCCGCUACGUCAUUCGGCCUAUGGUCGACAGCCAAGCCGAAGCCCGUACAGAUUUCCACGGCCUGACCUCGCGAAAACUCGAUGCCCUCGUCGCAAAGCUUGAAAGGACCGUCUCCGAGGUCCCACCCAAGAAACCCAUCGCUGCAGUCGAGGAAGAGAGCGAUGCUGAAGACCCUACAGAGAUGUUCCACAGGGACAUGGGCACUCAAACCACAUUCCCCAUAAGCUCUGUAACAGCUAUGACAGACUCCAAGAGUAAUGAGUCAGCUGCCAACCAUAACACCAAUCAACUUGCCAGUCUGAACAAGACACUUUCUGGCCUGAAGGAUGAAUACCGUUCCCAGAGCGAAGGCAUGGAUAAGAUCAAAACUGCUGUUGAUGUGCUACGGGAUGACCUCGACACAAUGACGUACACUGCCUAUCCCGAUCACAGUACUGGCUAUGAUUUGUAUGGCCGCUCACGCAAACCCGAGCCAGAUGAUGAAAUCCGCAAGGUGCGGGAUAACAUCCGGCGUGUGAAGGGAGUCUUGCUAAGCACGAGAAACUUCCCUGCCUCAGCACGAUGA